UCUAACUUGACAGUGGAAGAGGGUCAGCAAAUGUUUCGCGUGUGUUCGUUAACACCGUUGUAAGUUGGUGGCAGAAUAAAAUGAAAUGGAUAUUUUGUCAUCAGACUCUCCUGUAGUUGAAGAGGAUGAAUGUGCCGAGCCAAAGGUUUGCUGUUUAAUGCGGGUUGGAAGGAACACAGACUGGCUUCGCUUGUUCGAAAACACCGAGACCACCAUUGGACGCUGUGUGAAUGUCACCUAUCAGCUGUUGUCUCCGAGCUGUCCCCUGAUGAUCUCCAGACUUCACUGUGCUUUCAAGCAAAAGGAAGACAGACAGUGGACGGUGACGGACAAGAAGAGUCUCAACGGGGUGUGGGUGAACGGAAAUCGCAUACCUGCUGAAAAAGCACACCAGCUCAGACCUGGAGACUCCAUUCAACUUGGGGUUCCUGUAAAUGGAAAUAAAGUGGAGUUUGAUUACGUGUUUGUUCGGCUGCCUCUUAAAGACAUUGAGCAAUGCCUUGCGAAAGCACACAGAGAAGUUUCAAAUGUGGAGCCCACACCCAAGAAGCCAAAGCGGAAACAUACGGCUGAAGAAGUUGAUGCUUGCACGUCAUCGAAACCCAAGCUGUACCGCAGCUCAUCUGCAGAAAAGUCAUUUGCACAACCUUGUCCACUGUCUGCAACAAAGCUGCAGCAGAAUGUCUCUUACAACCAGCCAGAGGAACCUGGUCCCAGUGUUCCCAUUCCACAAGAUGGCACUUGCUCAGCUGGUUCCAGCACUUCCUGGGACUUAGACAACUUAGAGAUGUACAGCCAAAACAUUCUGAUGCUAAAGGAGCACGUAGACACCACCCAGAGGCAGGUGGCCUCGCUAGAGGAAGAACCUCAACAGGUUGACCCCCUGAAAGAGGAGCAAGUCAGGGAGCUGCAGAGUCAGCUGGCGACACUCAGAGCCAAGAUGCACACGAUGGAGACAUUAGAGAAGGCCUUCAGUGAAGCCAAAAAGCAGCUGGAGGCACAGAAAACACAGCACCAGGAGGAGCUUUUGAAAAAGCAAUUGGAAGAUGCCUUACAAGAGCAAAAAAAAGUGAUAGAAGAACUCAGUCUGUCUCGGCAAGGCUUUGAAGAGAUUCUGUUGGCCAAAAACAAAGAGCUUGAAGUGACAAAGGAAGAGAAAGAGAAGGCAAGAGCCCAGAAGGAGGAGGUCGUGACCCAAGUGACUGAGGUGCUGGAGAACGAGCUGCAGUGCAUCAUUUGUUCAGAGCUUUUUAUCCAGGCAGUCAUCCUGAACUGUGCUCACAGCUUCUGCUCUCACUGCAUCAAGCAGUGGCGAAGAAAAAAAGAUGAAUGUCCCAUCUGCCGACAAGCCAUUCAGUCUCAAACCCGCUGCCUGGCGCUGGACAACUGCAUCGACCGGAUGGUGGAGAACCUGAGCCUGGACAUGAAGAUGAGGCGGCAAGCCCUCGUUGCAGAAAGGAAAGCAGGUGAAUGUGCUGAAGUGAUGGUGAUCCAUGAUGACGACAGCAGCACCAGUGACAGCGACAGCGAUGGCAGCAUGGUGUCCACGGAGAGCAGCUCGAGUUCUGUCGUCUCUCUGGACACGGACAGAAGCACCCCCUCCAUGUCAAGUCCGUAUUUAUCUGAUGACAGCUUUAUCUGACGAAGAUUAGCCCGCUAGUCUUCUGGAGUUCUAAUGACCUUUGGACUUCUUGGUGUUUUGAUUCAUUUCUCUGGACUAUCAUUGUCCACCAUAAGGUUGAGUGGCAAAGCUCUAUCAUGUCACACAUCCUGUACCACAUUACUAAUAAUGAAUUUUUGUUUGUUUUUGUAUAAUGCCUUUUUGUCUUUAUUUUCAACAAAGGAAUAAAGUCUUUGUGUUUUCAGUCAUUCUCAA